AUGGCACAACACUCCGCUAUCGCGCGGUCGGCCAUAAUGACGUCUGCCUCGUCGCCAGAUUCUGCAGAGCUGGGCGAUCAGAGGAAUAUGAACCAACGACCCAACGGCUUCAGUUCGACCACUAGCGCCGCCGGGUCGGGCAAAGAAGGAUCAUUAAUGCCUCCUCCGAAAUCUGUGGUCGGUAGAGCGCUAGGUAAUGACCUGCAUUCCGAGAAAACAUCGCAGGCGCCCAAGGGCGGAGUCGGAACCGCCCUGACUGACACUCCGAUUUCUACCGCACCCCCGUCUCCACAGAUUACGGGUUUAAGCAACCUCAGUACUCCCAGCAGCCGAGUCCGGGCAACUACACUUGAUAUUCCCGGUUUGACCAAGUCCAAGGUCUCUCCUGAUGGCCGCAUUGCUCAACGUGAUGUCGGCGCAAAGCUUGUCAUCGUUAUGGUCGGCCUCCCGGCCCGCGGCAAAAGUUACAUCACCAAAAAGCUUGCUCGAUACCUGAAUUGGUUGCAGCAUGAUACCCAGAUCUUCAACGUCGGUGAACGUCGUCGUGUUGCCGCAGGCCGGUCACCUUCGCCAGCCAAACCUGGCCCAGACCAUGAGAAGAAGGCCAGCCCCAAUCUCCACAAGGACCUUCUCGACUCAGUGCGUCGGCUGAGCGUUAGUGUUGGAACUAUGAACCAAAAUGAAGCCUCGCCACCCGAGAGUGAGAAUGAGGCAACACUUCCACCGCCAGUUGUCCCGGCCAAGAUCCUUGUCAACGGCGAAGAGCCCGAGUCCAUCUCAAAGAACGGGAGUAUCGUCGUUCCUUCCACCGACACUGGCCCAGCCGACUCGAUUCAAGACGAAGAGGCAAUCAAUGAAGCUUCCCCAGAGCCCAUGGACCAGACUGCCAACUUUUUUGAUCCUCAGAAUCAACGUGCUGUCAAACUUCGCGAGCAGGUCGCUCUGGAUACCCUUGACGAGCUGCUCGAAUACAUCAUGGAAGACGGUGGAGCCGUCGGUAUUCUCGACGCAACCAACAGCACCAUGGAACGCCGCAAGGCCGUCGUCGACCACAUUCGCAAACGCGCUGGGCCUGAGCUUGGCAUCUUGUUCCUGGAGAGUAGUUGCGUGGACAAAGAUUUGCUAGAGGCCAACAUGCGCCUGAAGCUCUCCGGACCAGACUACAAGGGGCAAGACCCCGUCAAAGCCCUAGAGGACUUCAAGAAGCGAGUUGCCCUCUACGAGAGAUCAUACGUGCCGCUGGGCGAAUACGAGGAGAAAAACAAUAUGGCCUACAUCCAGAUGAUCGAUGUUGGCCGCAAGGUCGUCUCCCAUCAAACUCAUGGUUUCCUCUCUUCACAGGUCGUUUACUACUUGCUCAACUUCAAUCUGUCUCCCCGCCAGAUCUGGAUCACAAGACAUGGCGAGAGUGUAGAUGACGCGGCCGGCCGCAUCGGCGGAGACUCCGGUCUUAGCGAGAAUGGCAAGCGCUUUGCCAGUGCCAUGACUCGCUUCAUCGACCACCAGCGACGGCAGUGGGAGAUCUACCAGCGCCAAAAGGACCUGGUAGCACACUUCCCACCUCGACCUGGUGACAGCACGCCCCCCCAACCCGUCCUGGAUCCCCCGUGA